GUGUGUGUGUGUGUGUGUGUGUGCGCGCGCGCGGCUUCGCCCGGCUCCGUGUUGUAGACCUGACCGGCCCUGACUCUCUCUCACGCCGCAGGGUCGCUCCAGGACACCACCAGGUCCUCCGAUUCUGGACUCUCCUGAAAGGACAACACAACAAGGGCACUUUUUUGGACCUAUUUUAUUCCGCAGGCUUUCGAGAUUUUUAUGCGUAUGCCGAUCAGCGCUCGUUAAUCCUGGCAGGACGGAAGGGUCCCAGCUCUGUCCGGCUACACUGGCGUGAACCUCGUUGGAGAGGACCCGGAUACCAGAUAUCGAGGAGUCCGUAAGCAACGUGAGAACGAUGUUUAGGCCCUGAUACGGAGCAGUAUGUCAGGGUACAUACCAAGUUACCUGGACAGGGACGAACUUUGUGUAGUGUGUGGAGACAAAGCGACAGGAUACCAUUACCGGUGUAUCACCUGUGAGGGCUGCAAGGGUUUUUUCAGGCGUACGAUCCAGAAGAACCUGAACCCAACCUAUGCAUGUAAAUACGAGGGGAAAUGUGUAAUCGACAAAGUCACGCGGAACCAGUGCCAGGAAUGCCGCUUCAAGAAAUGCAUUGCUGUUGGAAUGGCGACCGACUUGGUGCUGGAUGACAGCAAGCGUCUGGCCAAACGGAAGCUGAUUGAGGAGAACCGAGAGCGGCGGAAGCGUGAGGAGAUGCAGAAGAUGGUGUGGGAGCGACCUGAGCCGUCGCAGGAGGAAUGGGAGCUGAUCCGCGUCGUCACUGAGGCCCACAUGUCCACCAACGCACAGGGCAACCACUGGAAACAGAAACGCAAAUUCCUGGUCGAGGAAGCAAUGCUACUUAAUGAAAUAACUUGUAAUUUAUUCUAUACUUCUGACCAGAGUGCAGUGGGGGUGAAGGAAACCAAGGCUGAAGACAUAGGUCAGGGGACGAUCGUCAGCACACCGGAGGGCAGCAAGGUGGACAUCGAAGCCUUCAGUCAGUUUACAAAAAUCAUCACCCCAGCCAUCACCCGAGUGGUGGACUUCGCCAAAAAGCUGCCUAUGUUCUGUGAGCUGCCUUGUGAAGAUCAGAUCAUCCUGCUGAAAGGCUGCUGUAUGGAGAUCAUGUCUCUGCGUGCAGCCGUGCGUUAUGACUCCGAGAGCGAGACGCUCACGCUCAACGGUGAGAUGGCAGUGACACGUGGCCAGCUAAAGAAUGGCGGCCUGGGUGUGGUCUCGGAUGCCAUCUUUGAUCUUGGGGUUUCUCUGUCCUCCUUCAACCUAGACGACUCGGAGGUGGCGCUGCUACAAGCUGUCAUUCUGCUGUCUUCGGAUCGUCCGGGACUGACGAGCGCGGACCGGAUCGAGCGCUGCCAGGAGGAGUUUCUGCUGGCCUUUGAGCACUAUGUCAACUAUCGCAAGCACAAGGUGGCGCACUUCUGGCCCAAGCUGCUGAUGAAGGUGACAGACCUGCGCAUGAUCGGUGCGUGCCACGCCAGCCGCUUCCUGCACAUGAAGGUGGAGUGUCCCACCGAGCUGUUUCCUCCCCUCUUCCUUGAGGUGUUUGAGGACUGACCAAACCCGCCCAUCAUGUGACCCCACACGCCAGUGGCUCUUAACCACACCCAGCCCUCUUCGGACACGUUCGAUGAACUCCAUUUUCUCACUACUGAGUGCUGCUGCAUUCCACAGAUUUAAAAGUAGCUCUCGGCCCUCAUUUCUAGACUGAGCAUUCCUUUUAUGAUGCGGGUACAUGUGAAUAGCAUUUUUUUUCUUUCUCUCUCUCUCUCUCUCUCUCUCUCUCUCUCUCUCUCUCUCUCUCCGUCUUGUACAUUGUUGUUCUCAGUUACUCUAGGUGUAUUUUUGUUGUACAGUUUGCUGGGUGAGUAUAUCUACUAGUUGCUGGCGUUGGCUCAUCAUGCACUCGGUUGUGUGAUCUAUGCAUUUGUAUCAUGCAACAUUCCACAUCUAGUAGAAGUCAGAUCAGUGUCCCACUUGGGGAAAGAUAUAAAAAAAAAAAUAAUAAUAAUCCUGGCACACAAGAAGAACCUCUGCUCCUUAAGAUUUUCACACUACCUACAUAAUUUCAUUGGUUUACAGGUUUACACACACAAAGAUGAGUUCUCACGCACUGUUCACAAAACAUCAGAACACAGAAAGGAUGUAAGGUACUGAGGUAAUGAGCGUAAUUUCCCACAAAACGACGACAGAUCAAAGCAUGCAGGAGCUUAUCUAGACGCCAAAAUCUGUUUUCAUUGAAGAUUGCCACUGUUUAGGUGCCAAAAAAAAUGAGGAUUGCUACAACGUGUGUUCCUGAAGGCGUGUUUUUCCCCGUCCCAUGCCCAUCCAACUUCAGAUCCUUCACUCUGCCGGACCGUCUGUGACUCUUACCUCGUAGGAACUCUUACCCGUUUUAUAUAUUUUCAUAAGUUAGACAAAGGUGAUGCCUCCGCUCGGACUUGUUGGUGCUAUGAGUUUGUCUAUUUAUACCUCUUUUCAGUCAGCCUCAGAAUAUGGAUGAUUCUCUCUCUCUCUCUCUCUCUCUCUCUCACACACACACACACACACACACACAGCAGUGAGCAGUGAGCAUGAACGGCCCACUGCUUCGUAUCACAACGUGACCUCAACGUGAGGUAUAGAGGAUAUGUCGAGGAGACACUUUCGGUUUGUCUUUUUUGUUAUGUUCUUGUUUUUUCCCUACGUGACAUGACAUCAUAUUGUACUGCGAAACAUUUUUCACAUCACAUACCUCUACCGUUCAUUAGGAAAUAAUGAUAAAUGGUCAUUUUGUAUAAAAAAAAAAAAAAAAAACAACUGCAACAAUUUGCCUCAAGCUUGAGUUUCUCUGUUAAAAGUGAUGCCUUUCGUAAGCAAUCGAUUUGCUCCAGUGUUUCGUGCUUAUUUAUGACUACACACACAUAUUCACUCUCACACACACACACACACACACACACACACACUCACACGUAUGUGCACACAAUGCACAGACUCAGAGGAAAUGCAAAGACAAUCAGGAUGCGAGGUGAGGGAUAGAGAAAAAGGUGCAACAGAGAUGUUCAGCUGGUAUUCAAUGAAUAGUUCAGUCAGAAAUACUAGUUCGGCUAACAGUGAAUGCACUCAAUUAGCCACCUGCUAGCAUUAUGCAAAUGACAUCAUGCUAAUGGGUUGUGACCAUUCACCGUUACCAUGCUAACAUGAUUGUAUGAACACUUCCGUUAAGGUCAUGUAUUAAACUCUCAUGCUCCACAUAGUACUGUACUACAUAAGUGUGUCAAAACAGAAUGGCAACAAAGGUGGCCUAUUAUUUUGUACUCACUAUGAAGUAUGGUAGUAUGUGGUUUGAGACAGAGCCAAAUGUCAUCCCAGGUUGCAGAUCCACCCGUCUGGAUGUACUGAGAGAGCUGUCCAGUUUCAGUUACAGUUAAGAGGUGAAGAUGCAUUAUUUUACAGUAUAAAAAGUUGUAUAUUUUCUGCAGAUAUUUUUACAAUUUGCAUAUAAUGAUAAAUUUCCCCAUUUCACCAACAGUGAAAUAAAGUUCUAUUCUCAGAAGCCUAACAAAAUCUCUUACUGUCAAGAAGUUGGUUAAAUAUGUUAGACAGAGUUAUUUGUGAAUUCUUUCCAGUGUUACUUCUCACCAUUCCAGUUAGCAUCAGAAGGCAACUCAUCCCGAAUGAAUGCUCCAGUAUAGAGGUGUGUAUUGGGACUGGGUUCCCACAGGGCCCAACAAAAAAAGUCGUAGGCAGUCUGAUAUGAAGCUCAUAGGACAAAUAAAGGUCACGUCCUUUAACAUGGAAGGGUUUUUUAAAAUCACGUUUAUCGCAUUCAUUCAUCCAUCUUUCUGUAACUAAAAGUCUUUAUUCUGGUCAUUGUCAUGGAGGUUAUACAAAUGUUUAAACUUGUUUAUAUUUUUUGGGGAAAAAUCAAUACUAAAAAUAUCAUGCAGUGGGCGGGAUUGAUCCAAAUUUCUGCAGGAAAACAUGGGAUUGGUCAAACUUUCUUCAGAAGGGGCCGGGAUUGGUCAAAACUUCUUUGGGAGUGGGUUCGAUUGGUCAAACUUUCUGCAGGAGCAGGUGGGAUUAAUCAAACUUUCUGCAGGAACAAGUGGGAUUACACAGUUUCUGCUAGUGCAAGUGGGAACAGGCGGGAUUGGUCAAACUUUCUGCAGGAGCAGGUGGGAUUAGUCAAACAUUCUGUGGGAGUGGGUAGGAUUGGUCAGAAUUCAUUUGGGUUGGGAUUAACAAAAGGUCCCACGCACACCUCUUCCCCAAUAAUCCCAAGAACUUUAUAGUAAAAUACAGCACUUACAGUUGCAAUCAAAAUUAUUCCACCCCCAUUGCAAAUCAGGUUUAUUGUCGAAAUUUACAGACUUUUCAGUUGUUUGCAGUGAACAAAUCAAACAAAAGCAAUUGAAAUAGUUCAACACAACGAAUGCUUCAAGUGGUUUCCUCAAAUUCAACUGAAAAUGCAACUUAUAAUGACUUCUCCAGUUUCAAAAUUAUUCAACCCUUUCAUGGCAAUCAUCUUUAGUACUUAGUAGAGCACCCUUUUGCUCUUAUGACCUGCUGCAAACAAGAUGCAUAGCCAGACACUAGCUUCUGGCAGCAUUCCUGAGGAAUCUUAGCCCAUUCCUCAUGAGCAAUGGCCUCCAGUUCAGUAAUGUUCUUUGGUUUGCAUGAUGCAACCGCCAUCUUCAAAUCCCACCAGAGAUUGUCUAUGGGGUUCAAGUCAGGUGACUGUGAUGACCCUGUAGAAUCUUCCAGGACUUCUUCUGCAUCCAAGCCUUGGUGGAAUUUGAGGUAUGCUUGGGAUCAUUGUCCUGUUGGAAGCUCCAAUGAUGCCCAAGCUUCAGAUUCCUCACAGACAGCAUGAUGUUUUCUCCAAGGAUUUCCUGAUACUUCAAUGAAUCCAUCUUGCCUUCCACAUGCUGCAGGUUUCCUGUGGCAGAGGAUGCAAAGCAGCCCCAGAGCAUCACUGAGCCACCACCAUGCUUGACUGUGGACAGAGUGUUCUUCCUUCAUUCUUCACAAUCCCAAAACUUCUGUGGUUUAUUUAUAUGAUUUUGAGGCGACUUUUCUUGUGCUUUUGGGUCAGUAGUGGUGUACGUCUUGGAGUUCUGGCAUGGAAACCUUUUUCAUUUAGUACGCGCCUUACUCUGCUCACUGAAACCUCAGUGCCUGUUGCCACAAAGUCUCGCUGCAGGUCUUUUGCAGUCACUUGAGGGUUUUUCACAACCUGCCUUCUCGAAAAUCAGGUUGCAGCGUAUAUUUCGUGCCCCUAGUCAGUUCAGAUAUUUCAUGUGUUCCAGCUCAAGCACACCUGGUGCAAUUAAUGAAGCCCAUGAAGUAUUCAUUGUGUUGAACUAUUUCAAUUGCUUUUAUUUGAUUUGUUCACUGCAAACAGCUGAACGGCUGUAAAUUUUGACAAUAAACCUGAUUUGCAAUGGGGGUUGAAUCAUUUUGAUUGCAACUGUACCUCCCUCAUCAACUGUCUAAAGUAAAUUCAGGACAGGUAUCUUUAGGAAAAUCUCAGAUAAUGCACUCUGUUUAUCCUUAUUGUUUAGGUAACAAAUUGUAUUUGAUAUGUAGAUUGCGGGUUGUACACUGAGGCUGGGUUAAAAGGUGAAUGAGCUAACUGUGGAUUCAAUUUAAUGGAGUGCUAAGCUAAGCUAAGCUAAGCAAUGUAACCUUAAUGAGGGUCCAGUGUGAUCCUGGGUAUUUUUUUUCUAAAUUGUCUGUUAGCUCACAAACCCAUAGACCUAUAGCUUCAUGGUAAAUCCUCCUGUCCAACUGUGAACAUGAGUGAGAAAAAGAAAAAGAAAAAAAGAAAAAAGGUGAGUGUAAAUGUAAUGUAAUGUGUUGCACAAGGCACAAGACAGUGAAGCUUGGAAUUAAAGAUAAAUUUAGCAGGUUUAAGCCAUGUUGCAAUUUGGGUACCCUGGAAGAAAAGUUGCAAUAAAGAACACAAUCCUGUAUCUGGUGACUGAUGGUGAAUGUAAAAAUAACAGCGAAAGAAUUGAUGAUGAAUGAGACCGAUGAUGAUGGUAAUGUUUGUAUUUAAAAUAAACUGGCUCUGGGAAUAAAGAUGGUUUGAGAAA